AUGGGCUCCGCCGCGGCCCCGGAGCGAGCGCAGGGAUACGUCCGCGAGUUCACCCGCCACUCGGCCGACGUGCUGGGCAACCUCAACGAGCUGCGCCUGCGCGGCAUCCUCACCGACGUCACGCUGCUGGUCGGCGGGCAGCCCCUGCGGGCUCACAAGGCGGUGCUCAUCGCCUGCAGUGGCUUCUUCUAUUCCAUCUUCCGGGGCCGUGCAGGAGUUGGGGUGGAUGUGCUCUCCCUGCCCGGGGGCCCCGAAGCCGGAGGCUUCGCUCCCCUUCUGGACUUCAUGUACACCUCGCGCCUACGCCUCUCUCCCGCCACCGCGCCCGCCGUCCUGGCGGCCGCCACCUAUUUGCAGAUGGAUCACGUGGUGCAGGCAUGCCACCGCUUCAUUCAGGCCAGCUAUGAGCCUCUGGGCAUCUCCCUGAGGCCCCUGGAGGCAGAAGCCCCCACGCCCCCAGCGGCCCGGCCACCAGGCAGCCCCAGGCGCUCCGAGGGGCACCCAGACCCGCCUACGGAGUCUCGCAGCUGCAGUCAAGGCCUUCCCAGUCCAGGCAGCCCCGACCCCAAGGCCUGCAACUGGAAAAAAUACAAGUUCAUCGUGCUCAACUCUCAGGCCUCCCAAGCGGGGAGCCUGGUGGGGGAGAGGAGUUCUGGUCAACUCUGCCCCCAAGCUGGGCUCCCCAGCGGCGACGAGGCCUCCAGCAGCAGCAGUGGCAGCGAAGAAGGACCCAUUCCCGGUCCCCAGAGCAGGCUCUCUCCAACGGCUGCCACCGUUCAGUUCAAAUGUGGGGCUCCCGUCAGUACCCCCCAUCUCACACCCCGGCCUCAAGAAGCCCCGGCAUCACCUCCCUCCGUGAGGGCUCGUCCUCCACCAGGAAGUGAAUUUUUCAGCUGCCAAAACUGUGAAGCUGUGGCUGGCUGCUCCUCGGGGCUGGACCCCUUGGCUCCUGGGGAUGAGGACAAGCCCUACAAGUGCCAGCUCUGCCGGUCUGCCUUCCGCUACAAGGGCAACCUGGCCAGUCACCGCGCGGUGCACACAGGGGAGAAGCCCUACCACUGCUCCAUCUGCGGGGCCCGCUUCAACCGGCCCGCCAACCUGAAGACGCACAGCCGCAUCCACUCGGGAGAGAAGCCCUACAAGUGUGAGACGUGCGGCUCCCGCUUUGUCCAGGUAGCACACCUGCGCGCGCACGUGCUGAUCCACACCGGGGAGAAGCCCUAUCCUUGCCCCACGUGCGGGACUCGCUUCCGUCACCUACAGACCCUCAAAAGCCACGUUCGCAUCCACACGGGGGAAAAGCCUUACCACUGCGACCCCUGCGGCCUGCAUUUCCGGCACAAGAGCCAACUGCGGCUGCAUCUGCGCCAGAAACACGGAGCUGCUACCAACACCAAAGUGCACUACCACAUUCUGGGCGGGCCCUAG